UUGCGACGGCAGUCUGCGGCACGUGCACCUCGCCGCCGAUCGGAUCCCGACAGAUCCAUCAACGGAACACCAUACCGCCCGCGUAUCCCCGCGCCGCCGCCGCCGACCCCGCCGCCGCCGACCCCGCCGCCGCCGCCACGGUGUUGUUUGUCGCUCGCCCGAGGGCACCGCGGGGCCCAGCCCACCACCCGCGCCACCCGACCCGGGCCGUCCACCGUCCAUCCCAGUCGACCGCACGGGGACCUUCAGCAGCCCGGAGCGCACACACGGGGGCCCUGGCCGGCGGCGGCCUCAGUGCGGGUGACACAGCCCCGGCGUGUGCCCGUCGAGAGGAGCCACGCGGAGCAGAGCCGUCCGUCAAGAUUACGACUGUGGGAGCGUGGGAGCCGCCGCCGCCGUCCUCCCCGCGCCGCCACCUGCCGACAGCGACAUCAAGUGCGCCUUUGGAUAAUGGCCGAUGUGGCUGGAGGCCCACCAAACACCACCGCCACCGCCGCCGCCGCGGUGCCGACUCGUCGCCACACGUCUAAACUUGUGACUUCCGUCGUCGGCGGCGUGGCGAGUGCGCGGCCCGUGUAAGUGCGACAGUGCGGCGAACAGUGAGUGAGUGCGGGCUGGUACGCGUCGGCGCGAGAACUAUCCCGUCAGAGGCACCCUCGCCUAGACGAGCGAGAUAACGGGGUGUCCUCGAGGGACGGGGAGCCGGCGGCGGAGCUCGCGGAGCCUCCUCUGCAACCCGCGCCACCCAGUCUGAACGGGGACGUCUGCCUCCUGGGAUGGCAGGGCCGGAACGCUAAGCGCCCACCUGGCGUCGCCCCCUGAGGGGCACGGGUGCGGCGCACGCCCCUCCCCACGGAGGCCCUGCUCCUCUCCACCGGCCCGGGCCCGGGACCCCAUCGGAGACUCGCCACGGCAACCACCCGACCCCGGCCCUUAUCUCGUACGAGCUGCGCCGACAUGGGGGAAGAGGGCCACCUUGUUGCUCCCAGGAGCGCCCGUGAAGGCAUCGUCAUGGUGGACCUGCCGGCCGAGGUGGGCGUCAACGGGCAGGUGGCACACCCUGUCGUCACGCAUGCACCCGCGGUUUCUCCGUCCUCGACCUCGGCGUCGACGUCCUUCAGUAAUGCUGAGCAGGUGAAGCCUCCUGCCGCCACCCCAACACCCGCGCUGUGCUCGUCCUCGGCGCCGACGUCCUCCAGCUGCGACGAGCAGGUGGUAGCCCCCGCCCCCGCGGAGUUCCCAUCCUCGGUGUCGACGUCCUUCAACUACGGCGAGCAGGCGGCAACCCCCACCCCCGCGGACGUCUCAUCCUCGACGUCGACGUCCUCUAGCUGCGACGGGCAGGCGGCACCCCCGACCCCUGCGGAGGUCCCGUCCUCGGCGGCGACGUCCUUCGUCAUCGGUGGGCAGGAUGAAGCUCUUGUACCCGCGGUGGCCUUGGCCAAGAUCUCGGUAUCGACGUCGGCGUCUCCCAGCAGCGACGGAGGAAACGGAGACAGCCCGGACACCAUUCGGUGCGAGUCGACGAGGAGCAGUCCAGCUACCCGGAACAGGGUACUCACUUGGAGCCCGAGGGGAGACAUGAGCCUGAGUAGUAGUAGUAUUAGUGGCACCAGUAGCAGCAGAUCGUUGGAGGACUGUGGGACUAUCGAGGUGCACCCGGACACAAACUUUCGCGCAUAUGAGUCGACUGAAAGGGGUGGAGUGAGGAGACCGACUGUGAACAACUACUCCUCUGAGGACUUGUACGGUACUGGUGGUAAAAUCAAAAAUGGAGUUCCCCCAAGAAUGGAAGCUGGUGUUGACUACAUCAAUGCAGGACAAGAUGACCAAAUGGAAGUUUAUGGUUAUACACGAAGCUUCUGGCUUUCUUUCACUUCAUGGUUCUUUAUUGUGUUAACUUGUGGAUUGCUUCGUCUCUUCUUUCAUUGGACUCCACACUGGUGGUUGUAUGCCACUCAUAAACGCUGUGGACUUCAAGUUGCGCAGAAAGUCCUUAUUGUUGAAGAGUUUCAGAAAAAGCACAAGUGUUAUCACGUAAAGGAGGUCACCACCCACACCAAAAAUGAUUUUGAGAACUUUAAUAGUGAAAAAACUGGUGACAGAUGGGAUUCUCAAGCCCUCAAAGAAAUCAGGCAGGGAAACGUCCCCCUUACUAUUCAUACUUCUGGUGGGAUCUUUAAAGAAAUUGAUUGUCUGCGCAUGUUCCGGUGCAAAAAAAUGCGUUUUGUUUGGGACUGGGAGAAAAGUGAAUUUCAACAACUCCAUGGACUUGAUCAUCAAGUUUCCACUGCCACCCUUCACCAUCAGAAAGGAGUUUCCCUUCAAGAUCAAUUCUUGCGGCGCUUUGUCUAUGGAGACAACGAAAUAAAGAUUCCGUUGAAAAGCAUUCCCGAACUUCUAUUUCUGGAGGUUUUGAAUCCUUUCUAUAUCUUCCAGAUAUGCUCAUUCAUACUGUGGUUUUUGGAUAAUUAUUACUACUAUGCCAUUGCAAUCCUCAUAAUGUCAGUGUUUGGUGUCUCAAUGUCCAUAAUUCAAACUAGACGAAAUCUGUUAAAUCUUCAAAGCACAGUUCAUUCAUCAGAUGUUGUCUCUAUCAUUCAAGGGAGUAAUGGGGAAGUUGUGACUGUGCCCACAGAGCAUCUUGUUCCAGGAGAUGUGUUGGUUGUACCAUCUCGUGGUUGUAUUAUGCAUUGUGAUGCGGUUCUGCUCACUGGAACCUGCAUUGUCAAUGAAAGCAUGCUCACAGGGGAGAGUGUUCCAGUAACUAAAACAUCCUUACCAAAUGUGCAGUCAGUUAUGUUUGAUCAAAAAGAACACUCCCGGCACACUUUGUUCUGUGGAACCCAAAUCAUACAAACACGCUAUUUCGAUUCGGAAAAAGUAUUGGCAGUAGUUGUUCGUACUGGAUUCUCUACUUCUAAAGGCAGCUUGGUUCGGUCAAUCCUUUACCCUCCUCCAGUAGACUUUAAAUUUGAACAUGAUUCUUACAAAUUUGUCAAACUUCUAGCUGGCCUUGCUAGUUUGGGAUUUGUUUACACCAUCCUUACUAAAGUCUUGCGAGGGGUGAGUGUUAGAGAUAUUACUCUGGAAGCUUUAGACCUCAUCACAGUUGUUGUUCCACCUGCCCUACCUGCUGCAAUGACUGUUGGCAGCAUGUAUGCUCAAAACAGAUUAGGAAAAAAGGAUAUCUAUUGUAUAACACCAAGAUGUAUCAAUGUGUCUGGAUCAGUUGACUGUGUUUGCUUUGAUAAGACUGGUACCUUAACCGAGGAUGGGAUGGACAUGUGGGGUGUAGUACCAGUUCGAAACAAUCACUUUCAUAUUCCUGUGAAGGAAGUUGAUUCUUUAGAAGUUGAUGAUGAGCUGUGCCGAGCAAUGGUAACUUGCCACUCACUCACAAUUAUUGAUGGAAAACUUUCUGGUGAUCCUCUUGACCUAAAGAUGUUUGAAUCAACUACUUGGCUAUUAGAAGAACCUGAAAUUGAUGACAAUUCCAAGUUUGAUCUGAUUUUCCCCACUGUGGUGCGACCUCCUCCUAAUGUGGCAGACAAGGCUUCACUGGAGAUUGGAAUUGUCCGUCAAUUCCCAUUUUCGUCAAGUCUUCAAAGGAUGAGUGUCAUAACGCGUGUAUUGGGGGCCAGUAAAUUUACUGUCUACUGCAAAGGAUCACCGGAAAUGAUAAUGUCUCUUUCUCUCCCCAACACAGUUCCAACAGAGUUCCAUUCUGUACUAGAGGAAUAUACCCAGCAAGGCUAUAGAGUUCUUGCUGUCGGAUCUAAGACCCUUAGUGGUAGUUAUGUCAAAAUUCAAAGGAUGCAGAGGGAAGAUGUGGAAUGUGGAUUACAGUUCAUUGGUCUGGUGAUUAUGGAGAAUCGCUUGAAACCUGAGACAACAGGGGUCAUAAGGGAGCUACGCUCUGCUCAUAUUCGUACCAUAAUGGUUACUGGAGACAAUAUUCAAACAGCCAUGAGUGUAGCUAGAGAUUGUGGAAUGAUUCCUGCUUGUCGAUCCAUUAUUGUUGUACAUGGUGUAGCAGCUAUUGCUGGUCAGGCUCCUCAAAUCUGCUUUACUCAGUCUCAAGCAGAUGCUGCUAUUGCAAAUGGUGGUGGUGAUGCAAGUUACAUGACUAACUUAACAAAUAGCAACAGUUUACAAAGCCUAGCCACUAUUGAGUCAGGAUCAGUAGUUUUUAUUGAAGAUCCACCUCCAGGAAUCACGAGUCAGCAAUGCAAUGGUGAUGUGAAACUCAAUAUAUCCGGGAAAGACUACUGCUUUGCUGUUACUGGGAAGACUUGGUCCAUAAUCAAGAAUCAUUUUCCCGAGCUUAUUCCUAGAAUUGCCACUAGGGGAGCUGUAUUCGCUCGAAUGAGCCCUGAUCAGAAGCAACAGCUGGUUCAGGAACUGCAAGGCCUGGGAUAUUACGUUGCUAUGUGUGGUGAUGGAGCUAAUGAUUGUGGAGCUUUAAAAGCUGCCCAUACCGGAAUUUCAUUGUCAGAAGCUGAGUCAUCAGUUGCGUCUCCCUUCACAUCCAAAGUUGCCAACAUAUCCUGUGUACCCACUGUCAUCCGCGAGGGCCGUGCUGCCUUAGUUACAUCCUUUGGCAUUUUCAAGUAUAUGGCUGCCUAUAGCCUUUGCCAGUUUGUUUCGGUCAUGAUCUUAUACUCAAUUGACUCUAAUCUCACGGAUGUACAGUAUCUCUAUAUUGAUCUCUUCAUGAUAACAAUAUUUGCUUUCUUCUUUGGUCGAACUGAAGCUUUUGAUGGGCCUCUUGUCAAAACUCCACCUCUGUCAUCACUUAUAUCACUUUCUCCAGUACUUUCCUUACUUGCCCAAAUAGCUGUGGUGAUAGUUAUUCAAACUUUAAGUUUCUACCAUAUUCAGACUUAUGACUGGUUUGUCCCUUACAACGCUGCAACAACAAAAGAUGAAACAGUUGGAUGUUUCGAAAACUAUGCUAUAUUUGCCACAUCAAGUUUUCAAUACAUCAUACUUGCGGUUGUGUUCUCAAAAGGUCCACCAUAUCGUAAAGCAAUUUUUAACAACUAUGGUAUGUUACUAUCCUCCAUAGGAACCACAGCCCUCACUGUUUGGAUUGUGUUGGGUCCACCUGUAUGGGUACAGGAAAAAUUUGAAUUGAAGAUGCCUCUGGACAUCAGUUUUUCUUUCUUCAUGCUUGUGUAUGCUGGUAUCAAUUUUAUUCUGGCAUCUGUUCUUGAAACCUUUCUCAUUGAUCGUUUGGUUUCAAAAAAACUCAGGUACAGAUCCCACAACAUUGAAAAAUCACGUCGGAUGUACCUUGCUAUUGAAAGGGAAUUGUCUAAUGAUCAGACAUGGCCUUCCCUUUCACAUGAGCCUCCAACCAUUGAUCUCAGCAGUAAUUUGAAACAACCACCUCGCAGCCCUGCUACUAUUACUGAAAUUUCCUCAGACUUUUCCAAAUUGCAUGGGGAGGCCAAUCAUAUUUCCAGGCAGAGGCUUGCAAGUGUGUGUGGGGUUACUCUUAAUCCCAUUGCACUGAUUCAAGUACCUAAGCGACGUACUAUUAGCGAGUCUGAUAGGGUUAUUGGAAAUACGCAGGAAGUAGCAAACCAAGACUCUGAUUUCACAGGACAUUCUGAGACUGUGUCUUCUUCAUGGAAUCCUCUUACCUGUGAACGUCAAUUUUCAUGGCCUCCCUCUAAUGCUAAUGGAAGCUGCAAAGUGCUUUCUCCAUCAGCCAGCUUGAAGGAGGUUUCCAUCCAACCAGAUCAACAUCGCCGCAAUUCUAAUAGUAUUAUCCUUGAAAUGAGCAGCCUGCCAUCUUGAGGUUGGCCUCGGCGGCCCAGUGCCGCAACAAACUCUCUUACCCCUCAAUUUUUCUGCAUCAUGCUAAGAAAGAUUUGGGUUCUCUUUGGUCAGCUUUACCUCCAUAAUAAGAAAAUAUUUCUUCUAAAGUUUUAUCAUUUAGCAUUGGUCUCAAAUGUUUUGCCACCUAAACUACCUAUGUGCAUGUGUGGUAAAAGGAGUGAAGAAACUGAAGCUGUAAAGAACUUCAAAAGACAAUAUUUUACAAAAAAACAAGUAUAGCUUGUUAAUUUAAGUAGUCUGACUUAUUAAUUUUGCAAUAUUUGUAUGUCUGCUUGGUGCUACAAAUAGUGAAGAUAAUAUGCUUUAGUGUUACUCACUGAAAACUUCUAGAGUUAAAUUAAUAUUAAUGUGUUCAGUUUAUUUAGAAACUGAGACCCCUUAGUAUUAUUGUACCUCACUUGCCAUAUCAGGAAAAAGCAAGCAAGCAUUAUAGUCAACAAUCAACACCAAAAAUGUAUGAUUUCUGAAAAGAACAUUAUCUGUGAUUUCUCACGUGGUUUCAAUGAUUUACUGUAUUAAAGUCUACAGACUUCAAAACACCUGUUGAGCAUUUUAAAUGUGUACCAGCUGGGCUGGUAUUUAUGGAGCUGUAGAAGAUUAUUUCAAUAUUGUUUACUGUAUUAAGGUCUUCAGGGACUGUAGAUGCUUCUAUCUGUAAAACCCAUUUGCUUUGAAAAUGUUGCAUUAGUUUAUAUCGAUUUUUGUUUGUUAUGUUUGAUUUACUUAGGUCUUACUUAACUGUUUCAAACAUUCAGUGAAUGUUUACUGCCUUUGGUGUGUUUGCAUUUAGCGGAACCAUUGGAUAGCCUCAUUUUAUAAAGGUACAUUUAGUGUUGAUUUGAGUAUUUUUUUUACCUUUAUCAUGUAUACUAACUACAUACAGUUUUUCUUUUUUAUUCUUUUCUAUUAAUGGCCUGUUACUUUUAUUUGUUGUUGCUAUAUUGAGAGGAAAGCUCACUUCCAAACAACAGGAUUUUUUCAACUGUAACUUUUUUAAUGGCUCUCUACCUCAGUUCUUCUAUUUGGAGCAUUUUCUUACGUCACACAAAUAUUGCUUUAGCAUUUCUUUCAUGAGGAUGCCUGAAAUCAAAACAUAUUGGACGGUAUCAUUUCAUUUCUGUUAAGGGUCUAAAACCUCCAUAUUAUCACUGUGAAAUAUCUUUGAUUUGUUGGUGGUGCUUUAUAUCUAUCAUGUAUAUUAGUAGGUAUGUUCAAUCUUUUAAUGGUCAAUAGUCGUGAAAUAUAUUCAAUAACACAGUUACUAUGACAAAGCAAGGAAUAUGGUGAUGUCGGAAUGAUAUGUUGCUCUUAAUUUUAUGCUGUAGAUGGGUUGAAUGCCAUAUUGUGUGUAAACUGUUUAUUAUUUCAGUGCAUCAUUCAGGAACACAUUAAAAGACUGUCCAAUCUGACCUAAAUUUAGUAUGUUAAGUAUCUAAACUUGGUAUCAUUUUGAGUCAGUACUAACAAUUUAAGCAUCGAGAGUCAAUUCUGUCUUCUCUUGUAUCCCUGAUCCAUCUCCAAAAAAUUUCUUGUUGGCUUUCUCAUUCUAGUUUCAUGGUACAGCAUAACAUAUAGUAACAAUCAUUUUACCUUGUGAUGUUAUCUAUUGACUUACUUACUCAUAUAUCUGUUAAUGGCUGGAGUAGAUUGUGAUUUUCCUUUCAAUGUACUUAUUUUCUGUACUUUGUUCUUUUCCUUUUCACUUACGAUCGCUUUAGAUAGUUUUAUUUUGUUUUGCAAGUCAUAUCGAUUUUAGCUCUUUCAGUGUUAUUGUUCAGUAUUUGAUCGUAUGAAGUCAGUAAUUAAGUGAGUGUUAUGUAUCAUCCAUAUCCAAAGAAAUUUUUUUUAUCUUCAUGUUCUUAAUGUCAUCAAGUAUGUUGUUCUCUUUUAGAGGACAAUUUAUAAAACUUAUUGUUAAUCAAUUAAUAAUUUUGAGUUACCGGUCUAAAGUUAUAUAGUUGAUAGGACUUAGUACUGAAGGUACAUUUUACCCGGUACUUAUUUUUCACUAUUCAAAGAUGUUAAUUUUUAUAAGUUAUUAAAGAAAUUGACCACCAAUUAUGAUUUCAAAUUUUGUAUUCUAAUGUGUAAGUUUUGAAUUCUGUUGUUCCCUUGACUGGGAAAUGUAUAUCACUGCCAAUAUUGUUCAUCAUUCAUUUACUGUCUGAACUGACUUCUUAAAGCAUUUUAAUAGUUUGAUAAUAUCCUCUUAUUGUUCAAGCAGAUUGGUACUGCUCUUGAAAUUUUUAUGGAUUGAUUUCUUGUUAAAAAGACAACUUUUGUAUUACCGAAAGGGUGAGUGAGGCACCAAUCGUAAAAUGAGUUGCUUACAACUUGAAAUGUGGUGUGGCACAUUGUAUUAUAUUAUUGCUAUCCAGGUAGGUAUGACUAAAUUAUAAAUCACAAUUAAUUUUAGUAGUCAAUAUACUGAUCAAUGUAGUUUUUAUUGGUGAUGUAGACCACUUUUGAAUAUGUGAAAUGGAGGCUCAGUUUAGUCUUUUUUCCCCAUUGCACUUUUUUCUGGUCUCAGGAAACUUCAUGUUAACAGUCUCCUGUAUCAAGAAGCAAGUUCACUUCUAAGCUAAAACUUCUCUGGUGUCUGCCAUUGCCUAUUCCGUUUUGGCAAGUUCUAUUUAAGACUGAAGCCCCAGAUUUCCUACCUAUUGAACAUGUAACUUGCUCUAUUGAUUGUAUGGACAGGCCCAUGUACAAUUGGAGUACAUCCUUUAGAAAAAGAGGAUUAAAAAGUGUAACUGUGAUUUUGUCCAAUAAACGUUGAAGUACAUGCUUAA